AUGUCUGAAAGGCGUACUGUAUACGGGAGUAAUUCAACAUGGAAUCCGAUGUCCAGUAUAGAAGAUUACUGUAUUAUUAAUGAUAAACGUAUCCAAGACUAUGAGAACAUAUUUAUGGCAGCUUAUGUCAUUGGAUUAGAAAGUCAACUGGAGAGAAUAUCUUCCUCUUCUGCUUCGUCUUGUUCAACUGAAUAUGAUACACAAACAGCCAAUAGAAACAGAGAUGAAGAAACACUUGUUCAACAGUUCCACGCAUAUAUUCAUGAACAAUCCAGCAGUGAUAUUGAUCAUCACUUGGCAAUACAAAAUAUUCUUGAAAAGAUUAUCCUAUUCAAUAAUGCACAAAAGUCGUUCCCUCGUGGAAUACGUCAUAUUACAAAGAAAUCGAAUGAUGUAGAUCAAUUUGAAGGAUCACAAGCAUCAUCAUCAUCAUCAUUGUCAGCAUCACCACUGGAGAGGAUAACUGACUUACAGUCAACAAAUAAGAAAGCUGCUGUGUCAGGCAUCAAAGAAAAGUCAGUAAAAUCAACAGAUCAACUGGUGGAUUCAUUCAGUAAACUGACUUUGGACGAGUAUAAUCAAAGAUGUGCUAUG